UGUCCCACAAUGGAUGGGGGAGAUGGUACUGCUGACCUUGUGAUUAACAAGAGGUUUGUGUCAGAAUCGGAGCUAGAGGAGCGGCGAAAGAGAAGGCAAGAGGAAUGGGAAAAGGUUCGAAAACCUGAGGAUCCAGAAGAAUGCCCUGAGGAGGCGUAUGACCCACGUUCGUUGUAUGAAAGACUUCAGGAACAGAGAGAAAAGAAGCAGCAGGAGUUUGAGGAGCAAUUUAAAUUCAAAAAUAUGGUAAGAGGCUUAGAUGAAGAUGAGACGCAUUUCCUUGAUGAGGUUUCUCGGCAGCAAGAGCUACUAGAAAAGCAACGAAGAGAAGAAGAGCUGAAAGAACUAAAUGAAUACAGAAGCACUCUCACCAAAGUGGGAGUCAGUAUGGACCCAAAGAAGGAAACUGAGAAGAAAUUGCCCAUGAAGUCAGUGGAAAACAAGAACAAAUUCUCUCAGGCAAAGCUGUUGGCAGGAGCUGUGAAGCACAGAAGUUCAGAUGGCGGUAACAGUGUGAAGAGAUUGAAACUAGAUACUGAUCAUGAUGAAAAGAAUCAAGAAAAACCAUCCUGUGUCCCCUUGGGGAGCAGCUCAGUGGGAGGCUCCACGGUCCACUGUCCCCCAGCAGCCGUGUGCAUUGGGAUCCUGCCUGGCCUGGGCGCCUACUCGGGAAGCAGUGAUUCGGAGUCCAGCUCGGAUAGCGAAGGCACUAUUAAUUCCACUGGAAAGAUUGUCUCUUCUGUCUUUCGUAGCAACAGUUUCUUUGAUGGUCCAUAACGAAAUCCCUCCGUGUGUAAUGUAGUGCAGAGUAUCUUCCAAAGCCCUGAUGGAUGCUUGAUGCAUCCUUCUGCCCCAAAUAUAAUCUUUCUAGCUAACGUCUCAACUUUAAUACACUCAGAUACUCCUGAAAUAACUCAUUAUAUCUCUCUUUUUUUUUUUUUUUUUUACUUUUCCCCCAACUUUCCAUUUCUGGGGUGCAUACUGAGCCUGGAAGAAAGGCUGCCAUCCUAAACCAGAAGGCACAUCUAGUAAUGUAAUGAAGGUCUGAGGAUAAGAAGGAGAGAGCUUUAUCUUUUAAAAUGCUUACGGAAGGAAAGAAUUCUGGUGAUCGAAGUUUAUACAAGACUAACAGGCAAAAAAUACUCACUUGAAACAGUGCAGUCUUGUAGAAACAGCCAUGUGUUCUGUUUUAAAAUGUCAUUUUUAUUCUGUAUUUGAGAAAUGGGGGCAGAACAAAAAUCAAGCAGAUGGUGAAGUGUAGAUUGCCAUGACACUGUAAAGAAGUUUUAGUGUUACAUGAUUAAAGACAUUCUGAA